AUGGACCCAGCAUCAGCUGCCGGUCUCGCAGUUGGGGUGACUUCAUUAGUGUUUGACGUGUUCGAUAAUUCUGUCAAGCGUCAGUUUGUCUUUUCCAUUCAGCGGACGAGUCGUCAAGAAUCUAAUGAAUCCUUAGUUUUCAAGUUUCUCUCUUCUAUGGUGGACAUGCCAAAGGAAUGUGAGAAAUGCCGACUGCAAUUAAUGAUCGAGUACAACCGUCUCCUUGCUUGGGGUGAGGCGGUUGGCUUAAUUGAUGUUCCCGAAGGAUCACAUGUGGCAGUGGCCCUUGGAACGAAUGCCAUUGAGCUCUGUAGCAUUGUAUCUCGAAUUGGGUGGCUUCUCGGAGAGUUCAAAGCUAUCAAUGCCCGUUGGAAGAAUGAGCUCAACCCAUACCAAGGGAAUGAUCAAGCAACAUUGGAGGAGUGUAUGAAAAUGAAUGUUGUGCAAGAGGUUUCAAGCUUGGCGGUAGCCUAUGAGCGGACCAAGGAAGAACGCAGGCACUUACGAGGGACCGACCACAUUAUCAAAUGGAUGUUGAAAAGAGCCGGAAAUGCUAAAGAGAUUGUAACUCACCCUUUUCGCGUUCGAUGGGUUGCAGUGGAUAAAGAAGCUUUUGAGGCAUUGCUUAAGGAUAUCCACAUCUUGACUGAUCGUAUCCACGAGUUGAUGGGAGACUACCGCCAGAAACGGGUCCAUGCUGCUACUGCGAAAACCUAUCGAGAGAUGAUUCUCGUUCGUGACGACGUCAAGGAGCUUAAAGACAUGCUUGAAGCAAUCACCAGUUUGAUCAAGAUUUCCAAGGUCUCCGGCGACACAAACAUCACCAUUUCCAACGAGAAUGACGAGACACUUCGAGAUCUUUUGCGGUUGAAGACAAUCAAGCAUAUAUCAAAUGAAAUCAUCUUGAAGGUCGAAAAUGGUGCAAAUUUUGACUUUGAGAAGGAGCUAAAGGGCCUUCUCAGUGUUAAGCGGUUCGAUACAAUCGCGUUGAGCCAUCAUUUUGCUUGUACAGAGGCCGAGGGCCUGAAACUGCACCGGCCUAGGGGGACUCUACAUCUAGAUGGUACGAAGUUCGAGGUUUGGUUGGAAUGGAAAUCAAUAGAGAACAUUGCUAGAGGCUCUGUUCAGGACAAAGAUUCCAGGUUGCGAACCGCAGUUCUUGCACAGAUGCUUCACAGCAACAAGCCCCGACACCUUUAUUCGCCAAAUUGCAUUGGAUAUGUGGACGAUCGUGAUAAGCACAACCGAUACGGAUGGAUAUUCAUGAUGCCUGAGGGGUCGGCCAAAGGCACCGCGUUGAAGACUCUUCACAGUAUCCUGGGCCAUGACUACCUUAAGCCAACUCUCGCGCAACGGAUUUCUCUCGCUUGGAAGCUGGCAUCCUCUCUCCAGUAUCUGCACCUGGCGGAUUGGCUUCAUAAAGGAAUCCAUAGUGGCAAUAUCAUUUUUCCGUUUGACGAGGAGACUUUUGAUGUCGAGAAACCAAUCCUGUCGGGAUUUGAGUAUUCGAGACCAGAGAGCAAUAAAACGACUUCUCGCAGUCUUGACCCUAAAUGGGACAUAUAUCGAUGGCCAGGCAUUCAGAAUGAGGCGCCGAAAACGACAAAUUCUCGGAAGACGUAUGAUACUUAUAGUUUUGGCUUGAUUCUUCUCGAGAUCGCGCAUUGGCAACCGUUGCACAAGAUAAUGUGUCUUAAAAGAUGGCCAGAGCCGUCUUCUCAAGACGCAAGAAUCCGCGCCUGGCUUUUGGGAGAGGAGCGCUUUCCACCCUUCAAAGGUACAAAUCCCUUGCUUGAAUUGCGCAAUAUUGCCGGCGACAAGUACUGGAAAGCGGCCACCCGUUGUCUUAUAGCACAUGGCGAAAUGGGGCUACAAACUCAAGAGUCUGAUCAGACACAUUGCGGUGAGGUCGGAGUUCGACUACAGGAAGCAUUCGACAAGUUCGUAGUUGAGGAGUUGAAGGGUGUCUCCAUCUGA